AUGUCAGUUCAUCAAUCAAGUAAAUACAUUCGGUAUUCUGAAUGGAACAAUUCUCAUACUAGUACAAAUGAUACACAACAUCUUGGAGAUCUAGUUUGUAUUAUGGGUCGAUUAUCUACAUUUGAAGAUGAACGACAUAUUACUAUUCAUUCUAUAGCACACCAAACGAAUCCCAAUUACGAAACAACAGAAUGGUUGACAGUGAUGUCGCUCAAGCAAGAUGUGUAUGACAAACCACUUGUUGUUCCCAAAUCUAUCAAGCAAGCAGUUAUUUCAAAAUACGGAACGGAUGCAGCUCAAGAUUCGACAGUCAAACAGGUGACUAAUGAGAAUAAACAGUUUGUAGAUGCAUUACAGGACCACAUUGGUGCACUUCCAGACAGUGCGAUAGUUCAUUUUUCGAAAACCAGUCAAGAUGCACAACUUCGUCUGGCAGCAAUCCAAAGUCUCAAGAACAAAACAACGGACGCGAACAAGCAAACGCAACUGGUUGCAAGACAGUUUAGCUAUGGUUUCAAGAGAAUGGUAGAACAAGGCAUACUCGCAUUACGGGAUGAAGAGAGCGACACUUAUGAGAAGAUUACACACCAAGGUAACUUGGGAAUAGAAAUUUUGGAGAUUAUUCGACAAGAAAGUCGACAAGCAAAAAGUCGAAUGAAAGGAGUGUCGCAAGACUUUGUAGUGCUGCGACUGCAAGAACAACAACGAUUCCAACGAGUGCCCAAACUCAGAAUAAUAGAAUCGAUUCAACAACUGAAUUCAACAGCAGACAUUUACAGUGUGGAUGCAACUCACUACGCAGCAGUUUAA